UUUACUACACUAAUCAGUUAACAUCCAGCAAACAUCGAUAUAAGUGAAUUAAAACACACGAGAUAUUCUUAUGAGACGCUUUUAAUAAAAUUAGAAAAUAUUUAAUAUUUUUUUUUAUUUUAAAAUUCUUUUUUUUGAACUUUAUUUAUUUAAAAGAUCAAAAUAAUUUGUGGGUAGAUAAGUGUAGAUGAUUCAAGUUCAUCACAGUAAUCGUUGAUUCUUAUAGAUGUUUGGAUGAUCGUAAAUAUUAUGCUAUAGUUUUAACAAAAAUUGUUUAAAUUAAAUGAAUUAAAAACUUCUGUUUUACACAACAUACUCGUAAAUUAAAAAUGAAACUGAAACUAAAUCUUCUGGCGAUUUGUUUAAUAAUUGCCAGUUUUUGGGGAUAUGCAAACUCUAUGCAUUGUUGGAAGUGUAAAUCUUCUACUAACAAUAACUGUGGCCAAUAUUUCAUACCAGAUAAUAUUCAAAGUGAAGAUUGUGAACAACAAUUUCGAACUAAUCUUGCAUCUAGAAGUCAAAUCAUCCGAGGAUGUAUGAGGAUAAUACAGAAGAACGGAAGUGUAAUACGAUCAUGCUUUUUUGGAAAAGACAGCUCUAAAGACAAAUGCAAUCGUAUUCUAAACGAAGAUGGUUCAUCUAUUGAAAAUGUUAUCAACUGCGACAUUUGUGCAGAGAACUAUUGUAAUAAUUCACCGUCUUUUACCACUAAUAGCAUUCUAGUUUUGACAACAGGUCUAGCUAUAUUUUUGUCAUUGUUAUAUACUAUAUGAUUUAACCAAGAUUGUGAUAAUUGGUUAAUUUAGAUUUGAGAAGAAAUUUAUGAUUGAUAUAUAAAAUACAAUAUAUAUAUACUGUUACUUAGUAAGAAGUUUUGUGGGAUAUAAAAAACAAAGGAUAGAAUUACAGUGGAAAAAUUAAUUUAAAAAUUAAAAUAUUUUACAAAAGAUUAUAAUAAUUAUCAGUUUUAUGGAAAAUAAAAAGAAUUAAUUUGUAGCAGA